AUGACAUCUCACAGGCUACACUGCUGCAUUGGAGCCAACUGCCUCGUACUUGAGCGGUUGACUCGCUUAAUGUUCCCAGGCCGUCUGCAUGGAUAUGAGGAGCACAUUGAUCAAGGGGGAGGAACAGGGAAGGACAGCAGGCCUACCAUCAAGGAUCUUGUGCACGAUUGGAGUAGAUGA